CGUGACUCAAUUUCCGGAAGUUGCGUCAAAAAGUUGUUUUUCUGAUUUCACUUCAGCUUCGGUCAUUUUACGAAGCGUGCUGUUGUUCAAAGUUAUUUUUUUCCUAAUAUAACUCUACUUUAAUCCGUAAAUUCGAGGGCGGUGGACAAAUAACAGGAUGAGUUCUGGAAACUUGAAAAAUGGGAUCGGGUACUUGGAAGAUUAUAAGGCCAACCUUGAACGACGACUUCAACAAGGCGACUGGGAUCUGGUGUGUAAAGAUGAAGAGUUGUGUAAGGAAGUUGAGACAAGUUUGUCUGAAUGCAGUAGCCAAGGCAUCCACCCUCAGCUUGGGUUAGACACGCUGGCGGUGAUAGAAACCUCACUCCGAGCAUCACAUCACACACACAGCCAAAAUAGGUUGAAAAGUCUGGUUAAGGCGUUUGAAGUGCUGGAACUUGCAGCACUAAAUCUUUAUUUGUGCCCAUGGCGGAAGGAGUACAAGGUUGUGAAGAUGUUCUCAGGUAUGUUCACUCACUGCGUCAAACCUGCUCUGACAGCACAGCAAGCUAAAGAGCUGUUUGCAUUGCUCGGAUACCACCCGGGAGGCAGCAACGUAGAGGAGCUGAGAUUAACUGCAAAACCAGUUCAUUCACACACCCUUAUCCAGCUAGCAUGGGCUUUCUUCACAGCACGUAUAGAGUGCCAGCUGCUGCUUACUGCUGUGCACACCUUGGGUGACCGCAUGGAAUGUGUGCUCCAACUUAUUCACGAAAGAAAGCUUGGCUGCACUUUUCAAGUAGCACUUGACAGUGCAAAGAGAAAGCUGGAGCCUGAUCCAGCCCUAGAUGCAGCUCUAGAUCUGUACACAGACAACAACCUGGCAGAGCAUGGUCACAUGGCUUCACCACCCAGUCUUCCUUAUAUUCCACCCAUUGAAGAUUUUUUAACAAAUAAGAUGUUUCACAGUAGCAUUUCUCAGUCAAACCUUAUUCAGAGGAAUGAAAAGAAGUCACAGAAUGUCUCCAUUUCAUCCCUAACCCAUCAUAUCAAUGCAACACAACAGAAGACUGGCUUAAGUCUAAAUAUGUGUGAAAAUGAAAAACAAUUUAUGCCAACGCAUUAUGCCCAGCUAUGUGCAUCAAAAGAAGGACAAAUAGUGUGUAACUGUUUAACUUCAUGUGACUUGCAUCAUAAUCAGUGCCUCCAGUGCAGAGAAGUUCAUAGUAUGGAUUGUCCUUGUUUAAGGAGCUGCAAAGAGAAAGGCCAUGAGGUCAUUUUUGCACAGGAGCACAUGAUGAAUGUACUAUCCCUGACUGGAAGGGGGCAAAUCCAAAGCUGGGAAAAACCACCAAAAGACAAUCUGAAGCAACACAGCUGUACAAACAAAACUAGCAAUGAUAUCUACUUUGUGUGCCAUGAUUGUCAUUAUAUUCAUGAUGAAAAUUGCGAGGAACUUAAAAGGUGUUUCCAAAUAACCCAUAAUGUGCAAAGAACAGGAAGGUUACAGCCAGCUCAAGUAGAAAGACAGGUGAUUCCACAUACAUGUUUGAAGGUAGAAGGUACAGACUAUGUAUUGUGCCAUACUUGCAACAAAUCCCACGAUUACCUUUGUGAUGAAUUACAGAUCUGCAAGGUGUCUAGCCAUAAUGUGAUAUACAUGCUUGAAAAUAAUGAAAAACCAGCUCAGGCCAUGCCCAUGCCUUUACACAAUUGCUGUGCAUCCACACAGCCAGAGUUUGCUUGCCACACCUGCAGAGUUUUCCAUGGUGUUUCUUGUGAUGCUAAUCAGUGCCAAAGACACCAUAAUGUACAGAGUCUUAAACAUGUGUGCUGCACAUGCUCAGACACUAAUCUUUUCAUCUUGUGCAGGUAUUGCUGUGCCCAACACUGCAAAAACUGUUGGUUUAAAAACCCGCUCGAAUGCAAAUGCGGCAAGCCUUUUGAGUUCUCUGCUGUAUAAAAGAAUAAAUAACUUGUAUUUAUCUAGCUGCUAAGGCACUUUACCAGAUUUACCACGUUUUCACUUGUUACUUUAGCCAAAUUAUCAUACCUACAUUUACUAGAUAGACCUAAGGACUUGUAUGAAUUAUAAGAGGUAAUAAAACAAAAGCCUUAUGGGGGAGAAUAUAAUAGCAACUUUGAUUUGUGUUAUGAACAUGUUUUACGGAAAAGCAAUGGUAUUGUCAGACUACUGAUAUGGUUCCUAAAAACUCCGAAGCUUGAGUUUAAUGUCUUAAUCUCUUUUAAGUUUUGUUUUCUCUAGAACAAAUAGUUUUCAUUGCUUGGGCAGUGGUGGCUCAAGUGGUUAAGGCUCUGGAUUGUUGAUCGGGGAUCAAGCCCCAGCACUGCCAAGCUGCCACAGUUGGCCUUUUGAGCAAGGCCCUCAGCCUUUACUGCUCCAGGGGCUCUGUAUCAUGGCUAACUCUGUGCUCUGAUCCCAACUUCCAAAGUUGGUAUAUGCAAAGACAGAAUUUCACUGUGCUGUAUUGUAUAUGUAACAAAUAAAGGCUUCUAUUUUGUUUUUCUGACAGUGCGCAACUUCAAGCAAAACGGUCAAGAAAAAAUGUCAACAAUUACCGUGGCAUAAAGAUAACGCACAUCACAUAUUUUUGCAUCUUUUUCAGGUGUGCAGGUCUGUGAUUUAAACUACAGUUGACACCUUAAUCAGCUUGGUAAUAGCGUUACUAAGUUAAAUAGGAUUCUUCACACAAAUGAGCAUAAAUUUAUUAAAACUGAAAUAAAAAGUUUCAGUUUAAAGCACAAUCAUUGGCAAGCUUAUGUAUAUUUUUUAAUGUUUCUCAUUGUAUUCCUCCCAGUUAACAUUGAUAAAUGUUUUACUGUCCAUAUGGUCAAUAUAAAGAACUCCAUCAAGGUGAUCCAUCUCAUGCUGCAGUAUCCUUGCUGGCCAGCCACUUGAUUGCCAGGUGACAGGCUCGGCUUUUUCAUUCAGUCCUUCAGAAAGAAAGAAUCAUCAGUGGGUUACAUCACUAAAUAGUUUCACAUAGUAACUGUUGUCCCAAUAUGCUAUCCUAUCUCUAACUUAAUUGUUAGCAUUUAUCUGUUUAUCUUCAGUAAACACUUUGUCCUGGUUUAUAUUUUAUACCUUUUUACAUGAAAUGUCAUUGGUCUUUUUUGGCUUAUGAUUAUUAUUAUUACUUUUUAAAGAAAUAAAAACAUGGUGUUUAUAUUGCA